CGUGUGUUCCCCGUUAAGUUUCUUUGUGAGGGAACGUGCGUGUUUGUCAGCGCUCUCCCUGAAUCCGCCUCCGCGUGGAAAAUUGCCCUUCCCUGCUUUCCUCUAACCCUCCUGUGGUUCCUUCUGCCCCCUUAAAAACCCUUUUCUUCUUGGACCCCAGCCUUUCGUCUUUAUUUGCCCCCCCCCCAUCCACCCGGUGUGUUUCCUUUCCCCAAACAAUGCCCAGAGGGAAGCCUCACCGGCGUUUUAAAACGCAAAGUUGGGAGAAAAUGAACUGCCGAGCGUCAUCCGGUCGGUGGUUUUUAUCGAGCGCUCGCUGUGUGCUAAGCGCUUGGGAAGUACGGUCGGGCCACAGAACCGCUUCGCCGGGAGCGAGCUCAGUAUUCCCAGCCGUUCCUUUCCUAACGUAUCCGCCUCCCAUCGAUCUCACGGGCUGACGUUCUGGAGCCUCUGCUGAGCGGUAGUCGUUGGAUUAUUCUCCCCACCUCCCUCGAUUGGCUUUCCGGUCGCUGUCUUUUGUCUCCGCCGCUGAAAUCCGCUCCUUCCCGUUUCUCUCCACACCGCGGGGGUAUUUUGCAGCUCUCCCCAGCCGUGCAUCCGAGUCCUGGGGGCGAUUAGUGUAUUUUAACCGAUCCCGUUCCCUCUCCGGCGGGUGCCCCUCUCCCAGCACAAAGGACGGUGGACCUCUACGUUCUCUCUGUUGAAUCAGGUGCCGGGACCGAGUCGGAAAAUAAGGCAUCCGCUCCAGAAGACGACUUUGAGGAAGAGGUUUUUCUAGGAGACGGACCCCACCGCCCGUGCGCCGACCCCUCGGGAGCCUUCCGUUAACUUGGCCCGACUUGGCCCUGGCCCGUGCAGCUGGACAGGAAGUGCGCUUGACAGAGAAUCCUGGGCCCGGUUCGAGUUGUCCUCUCGGUGGCAGAUCCUCGCCCAGAGGUCAUCUCCUCUUGGUUGUUCUCCUGCUUCAAGUGAAACACAUCCUGAGGAGUGUGGAUUUCUCCACAGAGAAGCAGCCUCCCCUGGUGCAAAAAGCCCAGGCCCGGAGCUCCGCCCGCUCCAUAUGAGCCUGCCCUUCCCCGAGAGGGGAGUACAGAGAUCGGGCAAUGGCGGGCGCGCCUCAGAAAGCCGGGGCUCAGGGACUGGUGACAUUUGAGGAUGUGGCCGUGUCGUUCACCCCGGAGGAGUGGAAGCAUUUGGAUCCCGCUCAGUGCAACCUGUACUGGGACGUGAUGCUGGAGAAUUACGGGAACCUGGCCUCCCUCGCUGGAUGUCCAGUUCCCAAGCCUGAAGUGAUUUCUCAGCUGGAGGAAGGGAAAGACCUAUGGGGCCUGGUUCUUCAGGAACCUGACAACAGAGAGACCCUGAGAGACCCCUACACAGAUUGUAGGACAGGAACUGAGACAGAGUCAAUUAUCACAAAGCAGGACAUUUAUGAAGAAGGAGAUUUCCGCAGGCCACUGUUGGUAAGACGCCCACAGAACGUUCUCAUGGCUUCUGUGGAUGGGAACACCUAUGAAAAUGAGGGCAGAAACUUCAAAGAAUUCCAUUACAAAGCCUCCCCAGACAAGCAGUCGUAUGACUAUGAGAGAGCUUUCGAGUGGAGCUCCUUCCAUAUUGAACAUCAGCGCAUUCGUAUCGAAGAGAAGCCCUACAAAUGCUACGAAUGCGGGAAGGCCUUCAAACGGAGUUCGUGUCUCAUCGAGCAUCAGAGAAUCCACACCGGGGAGAAGCCCUACAUCUGCAGCGAAUGUGGGAAAGCCUUCAGUCACCAGUCGGCCCUUAUUAAACAUCAGAGGAUGCAUACCGGCGAGAAACCCUACCAGUGUAAUGAAUGCGGGAAAGCCUUUGGUCGACAUUCAACCCUUAUUGUGCAUCAGCGGAUCCAUACGGGCGAGAAACCCUACCAGUGCAACGAAUGUGGAAAGACCUUCAGUCACCACUCGACCCUUAUCAGACAUCAGAGGAUCCAUACCGGAGAGAAGCCCUACCAGUGCAAUGACUGUGGGAAGGCCUUCAGCGACCACUCCAACCUUAUUAAUCACCAGAGAAUCCACACCGGAGAGAAGCCCUACCAGUGUAAUGAAUGUGGGAAAGCCUUCAGCCAGCUCUCGGCGCUCAUCGAACAUCAGAGGAUGCACACGGGCGAGAAGCCGUACAAGUGUAACGAAUGCGGGAAAGCCUUCAGCCGACAUUCGACCCUGAUCGUCCAUCAGAGGAUCCACACGGGGGAGAGGCCGUACAAAUGUAACGACUGCGGGAAGGCCUUCAGCCACCACUCAACUCUCAUUAUACAUCAGCGAAUUCAUACCGAAGAGAAGCCCUACCACUGCAACGACUGUGGGAAAGCCUUCAGUGACCACUCAAAUCUUAUCAAUCAUCAGAGGGUCCACACUGGAGAAAAGCCCUACCAGUGCAACGGGUGCGGGAGAGCCUUCAGCCAACUCUCGGCUCUUAUAGAGCAUCAGAGAAUUCACACCGGAGAGAAACCCUACCAGUGUAACGAAUGCGGGAAAGCCUUCAGCCGCCAUUCGACCCUUAUCGUCCAUCAGAGGAUCCAUACCGGAGAGAAGCCCUACAAAUGCAACGAAUGUGGGAAAGCCUUCACUCACAAUUCCACGCUCGUUAUACAUCAGAGAAUUCACACCGAGGAGAAACCCUACCAGUGCAACGAGUGCGGAAAGGCCUUCAGCGACCAUUCAAAUCUGAAUAACCACCAGAGAGUCCACACCGGCGAGAAACCCUACCAUUGCAAUGAAUGCGGGAAGGCCUUCAGCCAACUCUCAGGCCUCACCGAUCAUCGGAGGAUGCACACCGGAGAGAAACCCUACAAGUGCAGCGAGUGUCGAAAAGCCUUCAGUCGCCAUUCCAACCUGAUGGUGCAUCAGAGAAUCCAUACUGGAGAGAAGCCCUACAAAUGUAAUGACUGUGGGAAAGCCUUUACUCUACACUCGGCCCUGAUCGGGCAUCAGAGAAUCCAUACCGGGGAGAAGCCGUACAAGUGUACCGAGUGUGAAAAGGCCUUUAGCCUCCAUUCGGUCCUCAUCGUACAUCUGCGAACUCACACCGGGGAGAAGCCCUACGUGUGUAACCAGUGUGGAAGGGCCUUUAGUCAGUACUCUGCCCUCAUUAGGCAUCAGAAAAUUCAUACUGGGAAGAAACCCUUCCAGUAUGUCGGACAUGAAAUGGUUUCAGCAGCCGCCCAACCCUUGUUGAACAUCAGUGAUUUCUUAAUGGACAGAAACCCUACAAAUAUAAUGAAUGCGGGAAUGCCUUCGGUCAACGCCCAGUCCUUCUUCAACAUCCUCAUGGAUAGAAAUCCCGCAAAUACGCCCGCAUUUGGGGCCUCCUAUCCGUUUCUCUGAGUUAGCGUGUUUUUCAAGAGAACUAGACCGCGAGAUGUAAUAAAAACGCUAUUAGGGGGUGGGCCGGUGCCCAUGGUUGGGUGCCCUGGGGAUUUCCCAGGCCCCAAGAGAUUUUUCUGAUGUUGAACCGCUCUUCGCUUAUUUAGAGUUCAGAGCAAGCGAAGAGCCACCCGUCGCUGAAAGCCAGCUGGGAGAGUGGCCUACGCAAGUAGAGGGUCUUCCCUUCCAACACUCCACUGUAAUCAUUCACACCGUAGGUUCCGGGAAUGUUUACAUUUUCCCUUCCUCUAGACGAGUGAAAGAACAAUAAGGACGGACCCUAGUUAGGACUUUUUUUCUUUUUUCUUUUUACACUAGCAAACGUGCACUACAGAGAAACCGGGUGGAUGAGAUUAGUGUAGUCUUAGAGUCUAACUUAUUCGCCGGAAGGAGCAGCGUGGCCCAGUGGGAAAGGCACAGGUCUGGGAGUCAAGAGGACCCGGGUUCUAAUCCCGGCUCCC